CACAGACAUGACUAGAACACAAGGUAACAACAGCAUCACCACAGACAUGACUAGAACACAAGGUAACAACAGCACCACCACAGACAUGACUAGAACACAAGGUAACAACAGCAUCACCACAGACAUGACUAGAACACAAGGUAACAACAGCAUCACCACAGACAUGACUAGAACACAAGGUAACAACAGCAUCAUCACCACAGACAUGACUAGAACACAAGGUAACAACAGCAUCAUCACCACAGACAUGACUAGAACACAAGGUAACAACAGCAUCACCACAGACAUGACUAGAACACAAGGUAACAACAGCACCACCACAGACAUGACUAGAACACAAGGUAACAACAGCAUCACCACAGACAUGACUAGAACACAAGGUAACAACAGCAUCACCACAGACAUGACUAGAACACAAGGUAACAACAGCAUCAUCACCACAGACAUGACUAGAACACAAGGUAACAACAGCAUCACCACAGACAUGACUAGAACACAAGGUAACAACAGCAUCACCACAGACAUGACUAGAACACAAGGUAACAACAGCAUCAUCACCACAGACAUGACUAGAACACAAGGUAACAACAGCAUCACCACAGACAUGACUAGAACACAAGGUAACAACAGCAUCACCACAGACAUGACUAGAACACAAGGUAACAACAGCAUCACCACAGACAUGACUAGAACACAAGGUAACAACAGCAUCACCACAGACAUGACUAGAACACAAGGUAACAACAGCAUCAUCACCACAGACAUGACUAGAACACAAGGUAACAACAGCAUCACCACAGACAUGACUAGAACACAAGGUAACAACAGCAUCACCACAGACAUGACUAGAACACAAGGUAACAACAGCAUCAUCACCACAGACAUGACUAGAACACAAGGUAACAACAGCAUCACCACAGACAUGACUAGAACACAAGGUAACAACAGCAUCACCACAGACAUGACUAGAACACAAGGUAACAACAGCAUCACCACAGACAUGACUAGAACACAAGGUAACAACAGCAUCACCACAGACAUGACUAGAACACAAGGUAACAACAGCAUCACCACAGACAUGACUAGAACACAAGGUAACAACAGCAUCACCACAGACAUGACUAGAACACAAGGUAACAACAGCAUCACCACCACAGACAUGACUAGAACACAAGGUAACAACAGCAUCACCACAGACAUGACUAGAACACAAGGUAACAACAGCAUCACCACAGACAUGACUAGAACAACAAGGUAACAACAGCAUCACCACAGACAUGACUAGAACACAAGGUAACAACAGCA